GGGGAUUCCUUUCAGCCGUCUGAACCCUCAAUGCGUCUUGUAAACGUGGACCAUCCCUUAAGACUCUAAUUUUUCCAUACCUCUAUAUUAGUGUAUUUCUCCAAGGAAACAUCAGCUUCCUAGGCUUUCUCACAGACGAAGCAUGGAGUCUACCAGAGAUUUUUCUUUCUUUCCCUCAUUCUCUUGGGCCGCCGCCCGAUGGACCCAGAUCCUUGGAGUCGGGCUCGCGGCGUGGGCGCUCUACGGAACUUUCCUGGCAAUAUACAGAGUCACCCUACACCCGUUGGCAAAGUUUCCCGGCCCGAAGUUCGCCGGCGCGACAUAUUGGUACGAAGUCUGGUUCGACGUGGUGCGCUGGGGGAAGUUCACACAUGAGAUCAAACGUCUCCACGAAAUUUACGGUCCCAUCGUCCGGAUCAACCCGGAUGAAGUUCACUGCAAUGACCCUGAGUUUGUGGACAUCAUCUACGCGAAUGGAAACAAGAAGCGCAACAAGUCGAAAAUGUUCGUAGAGGGCUUUGCAGCAGACUUGAAAAAUGGAGGAUUUGGCACUGUUGAUCACGCUCAUCACCGCCUCCGCAGAGCGGCAGCGAGCAAGUACUUUUCCCGGGUACAAAUUGCCAAAUUGGAAUGGGUGAUUCAUCAAGAUGCCCAGCGGCUAUGCGACAAGUUCCUUCGGUACCAGGGUCGUGGACCAUUCGAAGCCGCGUCAGCGUACAGCUGCUUCACAGCCGACAUCGUCAGUGAUUAUUGCUUCGGGCAGCCAUUCGGCUUCCUUCAUCAGCCUGAUUGGGAGCCCAACUUCAAGGAGGCAGUCUAUGUCAUGUUGCAGUUGAUCCACAUCAUGAGACACUUCCCGUGGACGACAUGGUUAAUGGAGGCUGUUCCGUUGGACGUCAUCAGAAGACUAUCGUCGAAGAUGGGAGCACUCGCUGAGCAAUCCAAGGUAAAAAUGCCGGAGAUGGUCAGACAGACCAAGUCAGCAUACGAGGCCGGUAUCAAACGCGACCGUACGACGGUGAUCCACUCGCUUCUGGAAUCAGACCUGCCACCUGAAGAGAAGACAAUCAAGCGACUGACUGGCGAGGCGACAGUGAUGCUUGCUGCUGGCACCGAGACAACAGCCUCGGCACUCAGCGUGUGCACGUAUCACUUGCUCCGCAACCCAGUCGUCGUUGAGAAGAUCGAAGCCGAGCUUCUCUCCGUCACGACGGAUCCAAAGCAGAUACCGACCUGGGCCACUCUGGAGAGGCUACCUUACUUUGGGGCCUCUAUCAUGGAGGCACUGCGGAUGGGUUAUGGUUCCCCAUCGAGACUGCCUCGAAUCGCACCGGACGAAGAUUUGGUCUACCAAGGCACGUGGACGCCGCCAGGCGCCUCGGCACCGGUGGAGGUGACGCAUGUUAUACCGCGAGGAUAUGCGAGCGGUAUGUCGGCGUGGAUCAUGCAUCACGACGAGAGGGUGUUUCCCGACUCAAACAAGUUCCUUCCUGAGAGAUGGCUUGAUGGAGAUGGGCAGAGAAGGCGGGGUUUGGAACGGUACCUAUUGACGUUCUCCAAAGGAAGCCGGCAGUGUUUGGGCAUGCAGCUGGCAUACUGCGAGCUUCACGUGGCCAUUGCUGCCAUGACGUUGCGCGUCCUGCCGCAAUUGAGAUUGUAUGAGACGACAGAUGCCGAUAUUGAGUACGAUUAUGACCUUGCUGUUGCAAUGCCGAAGAAAGGCAGCAAGGGGAUCCGUCUGGAAGUGGUGUGAAGGAUGAAGCUUGCAUUAAUGCGUGCAGUGCUUGUGCAAAAUGGUGACUUGGCGUCAUAGCUCCUAGACAAGCUUUGAUGAGCAAUUGAAUGCGAGGAAGUCGUUAUGAUCGAGGUCCAAUAGCGAAAGCUUAUUGGCGUCAUGAAAUGAUCAUCCGAGCUUGGGAGUGUCAUUAAGUUCCGUCGAUGGCCGUUGGUCCUUACACUGUGGCCCAGCAUGCUUUUCCGCGAAAU